AGACCCCCACAUCUAAGACCCCCACAUUAGAGACCCCCACAUCAAAGACCCCCACAUUAGAGACCCCCACAUCAAAGACCCCCACAUUAGAGACCCCCACAUCAAAGACCCCCACAUUAGAGACCCCCACAUCAAAGACCCCCACAUUAGAGACCCCCACAUCAAAGACCCCCACAUCAAAGACCCCCACAUUAGAGACCCCCACAUCAAAGACCCCCACAUUAGAGACCCCCACAUCAAAGACCCCCACAUUAGAGACCCCCACAUUAGAGACCCCCACAUUAGAGACCCCCACAUCAAAGACCCCCACAUUAGAGACCCCCACAUCAAAGACCCCCACAUUAGAGACACCCACAUUAGAGACUCCCACAUCAAAGACCCCCACAUUAGAGACCCCCACAUCAAAGACCCCCACAUUAGAGACCCCCACAUCAAAGACCCCCACAUUAGAGACCCCCACAUCAAAGACCCCCACAUCAAAGACCCCCACAUCAAAGACCCCCACAUCAUAG